AUGUACACUAUUCCAAAACAUACUAUUCCAGAAGCCCCACUCAAACUUACAUUCGUUGUUGUAGGUGCAGGUUUGGGAGGUGUUUCUGCAGCUAUUGGUCUCAGAUUAGCUGGUCACAAAGUCUUACUUCUUGAAGCUGCCCAUGAAUUAGCUGAAGUUGGUGCUGGUAUCCAAAUUCCACCUCCAUCCAUCAAAGUGUUAAAUGCCUUUGGUGUUUUGGAACAAGUUGAAAAAGUUUCCAUCUUUCCUAAUGAUAUACAUAUUCAUAGAUGGGAGGAUGGUAAAUUAUUAUCACAACAAAAUUUAGUUCCAUAUACACUUGAAAAAUACAAUGGACACUAUUUACAUAUCCAUCGUGCUGAUUAUCACUCGGCGCUUGUUGCAAGAGCCUAUGAAGUUGGAGUCGAAGUUCAUUUGAAUGCAAGAGUUUGUUCUGCUGAUUUUGAAACAUCAACUGUGAUAACUGAAGCUGGUCAAACCUUUAGUGGUGAUGUUAUUAUUGGUUAUGAUGGGGUCAAGUCAUGUUUACGUUCUCUUAUUUUGGGUAGAGAAGAUUUGGCUUAUAAUACUGGUGAUUUAGCCUAUCGUGCGUUGAUUGAUGUUGAGAAAAUGAAAGAAUAUCCUGAAUUAACUCAUCUUUGGACUAAGCCAGAUAUUCAUUUCUGGUGGGGACCAAAAAUGCAUGUUGUAUUGUACUUCUUACAAGGAGGUAAGACAUGUAACGUUGUUGUAUUAAGUCCAGACACAUUACCCGAAAAUGUCUUUAUUCAAGAAGCUACUAAGGAAGAAUUAUUGGAAAUAUUUGCUGACUGGGAUCCUACUUUGAAAACUUUAUUCCAAUUGAUUCAUUCUACUGCUAAAUGGCGUUUACAAAACUCACGAGAAUUAGAUACUUGGACUCACUCAACUGGUAAUUGUAUUAUUUUGGGUGAUGCUUCCCAUGCUACUUUACCUUAUUUAGCAAGUGGUGCUUCACAAGCCGUCGAAGAUGCUGCAGUCUUAACUGGGUUAUUCAGUCGUAUUGAAAGUAAAUCUCAAAUCCAUGAAUUAUUAGAAUUAACUGAAUCCUUACGUAAAUGGAGAUCCACUCAAGUUGUUCAAGGUUCGACCAAUUGUCAAAAUAUUUACCAUAUGUUGGAUGGAGAAUCUCAAGUGGCUAGGGAUGCUAAGAUGCAAAUUCAACCUCCAGCUAUUGGAUGUCCAAACAGAUUUGCUGAUCCUGUUUUCCAAAAUUUCCUUUGGGGUUAUGAUGCUUUAGAAGAAGCUGAAAGAGGUUGGAAAGAAUUCAAAGAAGGUCGUAAAGCUACUUAUACAUAUAAGAACUUGUAUGAAGAUGCAAGAUUGUAA